ACCGCAACAAACACCAGCGCACAAGGAAAACGACCAAGAAGCCGUUCCCGUGAGAGCUCCGAGUGCCGGCCGCGUGUCCGCACCCGAGCAGUGAGAGGAGAUCGAUCGAGGGCGGUGAGGUGACAGAGGAACAGAGGAGGAGAAGCAGAAGAUGUACUUCCGGCCGCCGCCCAAGGGCCCGGAGUGGUACGCCGGCGAUGCGGAGACGGGGCAGGCGGCGCGGCCGCUGUACCCAAUGAUGCUGGAGGACCCGCGCCUGCGGUGGUCCUUCAUCCGCAAGGUCUACAGCAUCCUGUCCAUCCAGAUGCUGCUCACCGUCGCCGUCGCCGCCGUCGUCGUGUACGUCCGCCCCAUCGCGCUCUUCUUCGUCUCCACGCCCGGCGGAUUCGGCCUCUACAUCUUCCUCAUCAUCCUCCCGUUCAUAGUGCUGUGCCCUCUGUACUACUACUACCAGCACCACCCGGUGAACCUGCUGCUGCUGGGCCUCUUCACCGUCGCCAUCAGCUUCGCCGUCGGCCUCACCUGCGCCUUCACCAAAGGGGAGGUAAUCCUGGAGUCGGCGAUCCUGACGGCGGUGGUGGUGCUGAGCCUCACGGCGUACACCUUCUGGGCGGCGAAGCGCGGCCACGACUUCAACUUCCUGGGCCCGUUCCUGUUCGCCGCCGUCAUGAUCCUCAUGCUCUUCGCGCUCAUCCAGCUCUUCUUCCCGCUGGGACGCAUCUCGCUGAUGAUCUACGGCGGGCUGGCGGCGCUCGUCUUCUGCGGCUACAUCAUCUACGACACCGACAACCUCAUCAAGCGCUACUCCUACGACGAGUACGUCUGGGCCGCCGUCGCGCUCUACCUCGACGUCAUCAACCUCUUCCUCUCCCUCCUCACGCUCUUCCGGGCGGCGGAUUCGUGAGCACGGCUCUACUCCUACCUGCCUGCCUGCGCAGCCAGAGAAUAAUGAUGUUGGAUUUGGAAUGUGCCUUGCCUUGCCCCGCCUCUGUUAAUUGGUAUCUGCUGGAAUUCAGUUCCUCUGUAAAGUGAAAUAAUUGUUUUGGCUACGUGCUUUGCUUCGCUUCGAAGAUUGUUUAUUAAUUUAAUGGAACUUAGUAGUACUAACUUAA